AUGGCUCCAACGUACAAGACGGUGGUUCUCGCCAAACGACCGAAAGACAACAUUGUCCCAGGUGAGACAUUCAGACUCGUCACCAACAACCCGACUCCUUCCGCCGCCGAUCUCAAGGAUGGAGAGGUCCUGUUCGAGACCAACUAUCUCAGCAUCGACCCGGCGAUGCGCGGCUGGCUCAACGAUACCAGAUCAUAUAUUCCACCCGUGAAGAUUGGGGAAGUCAUGCGAGGCGGUUGUAUCGGGACAGUCGAGGCUAGCAAGAACCCCCAGUUCCCCGUUGGGAGUUUUGCAACGGCCACGGCGGGAUGGACCGAAUACAAGAUUUGCAGAGGCAACGAGUUGCAGAGGGUGGUUGUCCCUAGAGGUGGAAAGCUGACCGAUGGGUUGAGUGUGCUCGGAAUGACUGGAUUGACAGCCUAUUUCGGCAUCAUUGACGUCGGCAAGGUCAAAGCGGGAGACUUUGUCGUUGUCUCGGGCGCUGCAGGUGCAACGGGCAGUGUUGUCGGUCAGAUCGCCAAACUCAAGGGUGCAACUGUCUUGGGCAUUGCUGGUAGUGAGGACAAGUGCCGAUGGCUAAAAGAGGAGUUGGGCUUUGAUGAUGCCUUGAACUACAAAGACAGGGACUUCUUCAAGAAGUUCAGGGCUGCCACGAAGGAUCUGAUCGAUGUUUACUUUGACAACGUUGGAGGUGAGAUCCUUGAUAUGGCGCUCUCGAGAGCAAAAAAACACGCUCGGUUUGUCAUGUGUGGAGGUAUUAGCCAGUACAAUUCCUCUAAACCCCAAGGACCAAAGAACUAUCUCAUGAUCGUUUCGAUGCGCAUACGCAUGGAAGGGUUCAUUGUCUUCGACUAUGCAAAGGAAUAUCCACGAGCUCUGAGGGAGUUGGCGCAGUGGCUUUCCGAGGGCAAGAUUAAGAGGAAAGAGACCAUCGUCAAGGGUGGCUUGGACCAGGCAGAGAACGCACUGAGAGAUUUGUACCAAGGGGUCAACACAGGCAAGUUGUUGGUCGAGGUCAAACCUAUCGACGACAAACUUCGAGCGUCUCUGUGA